CAAGUUUCCUGUUCUAAAAAAAAAUUUUUUUUUUAAAGAACUAUUCUUUAAAUUUUUACAUCUUGGGAAUUCUCACUUGAAAAUACAAAUGAGUCCCCAGCAGUGUACAGGCUGGCACCCAGAGGUCCAGCAUAGCUGUAGUGACUUUUCACUGCACCUGUGUGCCCCAGCCCCUCUGCGUGUCUCUGCCAUGCCACCCGUCUCAGUCUCCUGCUGCUGGUUCCAGAGAGCCCCCAAAUUAAGAGGGCACAAAAAGGACAGGUGUUUUGAGUGGGGUAUCCCUCCACCCCUUCCUUCCACCCUCUUCUCCCCCUUCUAUCUCCUGGCGCCUCUAAUCACCAGGCGGUCUGAGGCUAAGUGGUAGUUUUGCCCACAGUGGGGCUUGGAAACCACACCCCUUCUCCUGGGGCCCUCCUGGCCAUUCCCAACACCCUGGUCUCCUCCAUUGUUGAGAUGGGUCUCAAGGGGGCAGGGUGUUUCCCAUGGUGUGUGUGCCGGAGACAGCGAGGGACGGAAAGAGGAGCAGGUCUGGAUCCAGCUGCCCCUCCAGAUCCAGAUCCCAGCCCAGUGACAGCCCCCAUCAUGGCUGAGGGAGGGAUGCCUUCCCUAGGGUCUAGUGCCUACUUCAGCAGGAAAGCCCGACUCUCCUUCCGCCACCAGCUGCACGACAGAGCAUCAGCCAAUGACUCUACCAUUUGAAGGGGACAACCAGGGGCUGAACUUCUAGGAAGCCUUGGCAACCUUCCUCUUCCCCCACUCCCCUUCUCAGUGAUUCCAGUUUCUGGCUCCCCCAUGAUCUUCUCAUUAAACAUAUUCAGAGUUGCCAAGUGUUCUGUGUAUGUGCACGUAUGUUGGGGUGGAAGAGUAGAUGAGGAGACCUGGUUAGGGGGCUGAGGUGGGAAGUGCAGAAUUGGGUGGGAGUGGGGACAUAGGAUUAAUGAACCUGAUGU